AUGAUUUCUUUAAUCCAUGCAGGGCCUGCUGAAGUUGUCAACCUCACAGAAGGGUCUUCAUCCACGACAUCCGUGAGCGCGAAUUGGACUGGACCAAAGAUCGCGGUCGACAGUUUCAACAUCUCAUGUAGCAACGGUGAUGCAUCCCCAGCGACCAUUAAAGACACCAACCAGUCAUCUUACAUGGCGUCUUGCGUUAAUCUGCCAGUACCAGGCGAUACGUACAAUAUGACUGUGUACAGUAUUGUGGGUAGUUGCGCUACUAGUACUUCAUCUUCCAUCGACCUGGUUGCAUUACCAAGUGCUGUGAACAUAUCGGAAGGGUGUUCCAAUAAUACCGUCAUCUCAGCUACUUGGACAAUACCUAACAGUGUGGUAGACACCUUUGAUAUCAUGUGCUCCGCUGGUACUGCCUCCCCGGCAUCUAUUCCGCUUGAAUCUAGUCCAACGAGUGAUACCUUUACAGCUUCCUGUACUGAGUUACCAACACCUGGACUGGAAUACAACCUCUCAGUGGUCGCUAUUAGCAACAACAAACAGAGCGCCAUCCAAACUGUGGGAGUGCAUGCAUGGCCUACUGGAGUUGUCAACCUCACAGAAGGGUCUGCAUCCACGACAUCCGUGAGCGCGAAUUGGACUGGAUCAAAGAGAGCGGUCGACAGAUUCAGCAUCUCAUGUAGCCAUGGUGAUGCAUCCCCAGUGACCAUUGAAGACACCAGCCAGUCAUCUUACAUGGCGUCUUGCAUUAAUCUGCCAGUACCAGGCGAUAUGUACAAUAUGACUGUGUACAGUAUUGUGGGUAGUUGCGCUACUAGUACUUCAUCUUCCAUCGACCUGGUUGCAUUACCAAGUGCUGUGAAUAUAUCGGAAGGGUGUUCCAAUAAUACCGUCAUCUCAGCUACUUGGACAAUCCCUAACAGUGUGGUUGACACCUUCGAUAUCAUGUGCUCCGCUGGUACUGCCUCCCCGGCAUCUAUUCCGCUUGAAUCUAGUCCAACGAGUGAUACCUUUACAGCUUCCUGUACUGAGUUACCAUUACCUGGACUGGAAUACAACCUCUCAGUGGUCGCUAUUAGCAACAACAAGCAGAGCGCCAUCCAAACUGUGGGGGUGCAUGCAUGGCCUACUGGAGUUGUCAACCUCACAGAAGGGUCUGCAUCCACGACAUCCGUGAGCGCGAAUUGGACUGGAUCAAAGAGAGCGGUCGACAGAUUCAGCAUCUCAUGUAGCCAUGGUGAUGCAUCCCCAGCGACCAUUGAAGACACCAGCCAGUCAUCUUACAUGGCGUCUUGCGUUAAUCUACCAGUACCAGGCGAUAUGUACAAUAUGACUGUGUACAGUAUUGUGGGUAGUUGCGCUACUAGUACCUUAUCUUCCAUCGACCUGGUUGCAUUACCAAGUGCUGUGAAUAUAUCGGAAGGGUGUUCCAAUAAUACCGUCAUCUCAGCUACUUGGAAAAUCCCUAACAGUGUGGUUGACACCUUCGAUAUCAUGUGCUCCGCUGGUACUGCCUCCCCGGCAUCUAUUCCGCUUGAAUCUAGUCCAACGAGUGAUACCUUUACAGCUUCCUGUACUGAGUUACCAACACCUGGACUGGAAUACAACCUCUCAGUGGUCGCUAUUAGCAACAACAAGCAGAGCGCCAUCCAAACUGUGGGGGUGCAUGCAUGGCCUACUGGAGUUGUCAACCUCACAGAAGGGUCUGCAUCCACGACAUCCGUGAGCGCGAAUUGGACUGGAUCAAAGAGAGCGGUCGACAGAUUCAGCAUCUCAUGUAGCCAUGGUGAUGCAUCCCCAGCGACCAUUGAAGACACCAGCCAGUCAUCUUACAUGGCGUCUUGCGUUAAUCUACCAGUACCAGGCGAUAUGUACAAUAUGACUGUGUACAGUAUUGUGGGUAGUUGCGCUACUAGUCCUUCAUCUUCCAUCGACCUGGUUGCAUUACCAAGUGCUGUGAAUAUAUCGGAAGGGUGUUCCAAUAAUACCGUCAUCUCAGCUACUUGGAAAAUCCCUAACAGUGUGGUUGACACCUUCGAUAUCAUGUGCUCCGCUGGUACUGCCUCCCCGGCAUCUAUUCCGCUUGAAUCUAGUCCAACGAGUGAUACCUUUACAGCUUCCUGUACUGAGUUACCAACACCUGGACUGGAAUACAACCUCUCAGUGGUCGCUAUUAGCAACAACAAGCAGAGCGCCAUCCAAACUGUGGGGGUGCAUGCAUGGCCUACUGGAGUUGUCAACCUCACAGAAGGGUCUGCAUCCUCGACAUCCGUGAGCGCGAAUUGGACUGGAUCAAAGAGAGCGGUCGACAGAUUCAGCAUCUCAUGUAGCCAUGGUGAUGCAUCCCCAGCGACCAUUGAAGACACUAGCCAGUCAUCUUACAUGGCGUCUUGCGUUAAUCUACCAGUACCAGGCGAUAUGUACAAUAUGACUGUGUACAGUAUUGUGGGUAGUUGCGCUACUAGUCCUUCAUCUUCCAUCGACCUGGUUGCAUUACCAAGUGCUGUGAAUAUAUCGGAAGGGUGUUCCAAUAAUACCGUCAUCUCAGCUACUUGGACAAUCCCUAACAGUGUGGUGGACACCUUUGAUAUCAUGUGCUCCGCUGGUACUGCCUCCCCGACAUCUAUUCCGCUUGAAUCUAGUCCAACGAGUGAUACCUUUACAGCUUCCUGUACUGAGUUACCAACACCUGGACUGGAAUACAACCUCUCAGUGGUCGCUAUUAGCAACAACAAGCAGAGCGCCAUCCAAACUGUGGGAGUGCAUGCGUGGCCUACUGGAGUUGUCAACCUCACAGAAGGGUCUGCAUCCUCGACAUCCGUGAGCGCGAAUUGGACUGGAUCAAAGAGAGCGGUCGACAGAUUCAGCAUCUCAUGUAGCCAUGGUGAUGCAUCCCCAGCGACCAUUGAAGACACUAGCCAGUCAUCUUACAUGGCGUCUUGCGUUAAUCUACCAGUACCAGGCGAUAUGUACAAUAUGACUGUGUACAGUAUUGUGGGUAGUUGCGCUACUAGUCCUUCAUCUUCCAUCGACCUGGUUGCAUUACCAAGUGCUGUGAAUAUAUCGGAAGGGUGUUCCAAUAAUACCGUCAUCUCAGCUACUUGGACAAUCCCUAACAGUGUGGUGGACACCUUUGAUAUCAUGUGCUCCGCUGGUACUGCCUCCCCGACAUCUAUUCCGCUUGAAUCUAGUCCAACGAGUGAUACCUUUACAGCUUCAUGUACUGAGUUACCAACACCUGGACUGGAAUACAACCUCUCAGUGGUCGCUAUUAGCAACAACAAGCAGAGCGCCAUCCAAACUGUGGGAGUGCAUGCAUGGCCUACUGGAGUUGUCAACCUCACAGAAGGGUCUGCAUCCACGACAUCCGUGAGCGCGAAUUGGACUGGAUCAAAGAGAGCGGUCGACAGAUUCAGCAUCUCAUGUAGCCAUGGUGAUGCAUCCCCAGCGACCAUUGAAGACACCAGCCAGUCAUCUUACAUGGCGUCUUGCGUUAAUUUACCAGUACCAGGCGAUAUGUACAAUAUGACUGUGUACAGUAUUGUGGGUAGUUGCGCUACUAGUCCUUCAUCUUCCAUCGACCUGGUUGCAUUACCAAGUGCUGUGAAUAUAUCGGAAGGGUGUUCCAAUAAUACCGUCAUCUCAGCUACUUGGACAAUCCCUAACAGUGUGGUGGACACCUUCGAUAUCAUGUGCUCCGCUGGUACUGCCUCCCCGGCAUCUAUUCCGCUUGAAUCUAGUCCAACGAGUGAUACCUUUACAUCUUCCUGUACUGAGUUACCAACACCUGGACUGGAAUACAACCUCUCAGUGGUCGCUAUUAGCAACAACAAGCAGAGCGCCAUCCAAACUGUGGGAGUGCAUGCAUGGCCUACUGGAGUUGUCAACCUCACAGAAGGGUCUGCAUCCACGACAUCCGUGAGCGCGAAUUGGACUGGAUCAAAGAGAGCGGUCGACAGAUUCAGCAUCUCAUGUAGCCAUGGUGAUGCAUCCCCAGCGACCAUUGAAGACACCAGCCAGUCAUCUUACAUGGCGUCUUGCGUUAAUUUACCAGUACCAGGCGAUAUGUACAAUAUGACUGUGUACAGUAUUGUGGGUAGUUGCGCUACUAGUCCUUCAUCUUCCAUCGACCUGGUUGCAUUACCAAGUGCUGUGAAUAUAUCGGAAGGGUGUUCCAAUAAUACCGUCAUCUCAGCUACUUGGACAAUCCCUAACAGUGUGGUGGACACCUUCGAUAUCAUGUGCUCCGCUGGUACUGCCUCCCCGGCAUCUAUUCCGCUUGAAUCUAGUCCAACGAGUGAUACCUUUACAUCUUCCUGUACUGAGUUACCAACACCUGGACUGGAAUACAACCUCUCAGUGGUCGCUAUUAGCAACAACAAGCAGAGCGCCAUCCAAACUGUGGGGGUGCAUGCAUGGCCUACUGGAGUUGUCAACCUCACAGAAGGGUCUGCAUCCACGACAUCCGUGAGCGCGAAUUGGACUGGAUCAAAGAGAGCGGUCGACAGAUUCAGCAUCUCAUGUAGCCAUGGUGAUGCAUCCCCAGCGACCAUUGAAGACACCAGCCAGUCAUCUUACAUGGCGUCUUGCGUUAAUCUACCAUUACCAGGCGAUAUGUACAAUAUGACUGUGUACAGUAUUGUGGGUAGUUGCGCUACUAGUCCUUCAUCUUCCAUCGACAUGGUUGCAUGGCGGCACCCAUGUUAA